AUGGCGGCCGUCCCUGCCAGAGACGACCGUCGAAUCAUUCUUCACUUUGAUUAUGAUUGCUUCUACGCCUCCGUCUUCGAAGUCGAACAGCCCGUCUUGAAAUCGUUGCCUUUGGCCGUUCAGCAGAAGCAAAUCGUCGUGACUUGCAACUAUGAAGCCCGACGCCGGGGUCUACGCAAACUCCAACUCAUUCGGGAAGCCAAGCAGAUCUGUCCCGACGUGGUGAUCGUGCUGGGUGAGGAUCUCUCUAGAUUUCGGGAUGUCUCCAAGGAUCUCUACCUCUUCCUGCGCGAUUUUGUUUGGGGAGGUCGUGUGGAAAAAUUGGGCUUCGACGAGUUGUUUUUGGAUGUCACAGACAUGAUCACGUACAACGUGGAUCUGCUGAACCGACACGAUCUAGAACACUCAUUCUUUCAUCUCGACCGCCAGGAGCCCACCGUGGGCUUCCCCUACAAUGCCUCCAAUCCGCUUGGUCCCACCUAUCCGCCGGACUCGGCCUGGUCAUCGCCCGCUGCCCUGCCGGAUUCGUCCUCGCUGGACACCAAGCUUCUGGUUGCCUCCCAUCUAGCAGGUUACCUGCGGGGUCAGCUCGAGGAACAGAAGGGCUACACUGCCACGGUGGGCGUGUCGACGUCGAAACUUCUUGCCAAAUUGGUGGGAAGCACUCAUAAGCCCAACACUCAAACAACCCUCCUCCCGCCAUACGUUGCGGCGCAGCCUGGCGCACAUUCCACCGUCCUCGAUUUCCUCGACGCCCACGAGAUCCGAAAAAUCCCCGGCAUCGGCUCGAAAAUCGCCCAACGGAUCACUUCCCAUCUCGUCAAAACAGGCGUUCGAUCGGAAACCAUCCAACAUGAAACAGCCCCUGUCGGAGAUACCCCCGUCACGGUUCGAGACGUGCGUCGGUGUCCCGGCAUGAGCCCCUUACUUCUAGAUAAGAUCCUCGGCGGCCCCGGAUCCCCCAAGGAUAUUGGAAUUAAAUUCUGGAGACUGAUCCAUGGCGUAGACCAUUCGGAGGUCCGGGAGGCUCGGGACUUACCCACUCAGAUCAGUAUCGAAGACACUUACGGGCGCAUGGAUACUCUCGAUGCGGUCAGACGGGAGCUGGUCUCUUUGACGGUCAGUCUUCUCCGGCGCAUGCGAACUGAUCUGACGGAGAGACUGGACGAGAGCGAGGCAGCGACCGGGCGAGUCCCUGGCUCGCGCCAACCUUUAGAAGAAACGGUUCGCAUGCGAUGGCUGGCUCGCCCUAAAACUCUACGUCUCUCUACGCGACCUCGGCCGCCUCCUACGCCGGAUGGUGGACAGAUUCGCAGCUUCAACCGCAUCUCACGCUCUGCACCUCUCCCCCAGUAUGCGUGCAACUUGGACGAGAAUGUUGAUGCGCUGGCGGAGCGACUCGUGCAAGAUCUGGUCAUGUCCAUGUUCCGGAAACUUCAUCCCGAGAAGUCUGGAUGGAACCUGCAUCUGUUAAACGUCGCUGUGACGAACAUGAUCGAGACAGCCGGGGAGCGGAAGCAGAGUAGCGGUCGGGACAUAGGGAAGAUGUUCCAAAACCAAGAUAAAGCAGAUCAAGUGCCCUUCCGUCAAAUGGAACAAGGCUUGUUACCGAUCACGCAGUCAUCCAUACCGAACGUCUCCAGUGAAUCUGACCUUCGACCCGGUCCGGGGGUUGAUGCGUGGGAGGAGAGCGAUGAGGAGGAGGAGGACAUGGCCUGCGUAGCCUGUACCAUCUGCGGAGCAUUGAUCCCACAUUUUGCGCUUGUAGCCCAUGAGAUCUAUCACUCCGCACCGGGGGGAUGA